AUGAGGCCAGUAGACUUUACCCCCUCGUCCGAGUCUCCCACAGCAGAGAAAGGAAUGAAGCUCGUCUACUUUGGUAACGAGCUUCCUCAAGAUGGCCUUCAAGGCAUCUGUCGACGACUACACGCCUACACCAAAGACCGGCGUUACCCGCUCCUUGCCCGAUUCAUCGAGGAGAGCACCUGGGCAGUCCACGAUGAAGUUCGACAACUACAUGCCGCGCAAAAAGCCUUGGUAACCCCGUUUGAGAGCGUUCUACAUCUUGCCGAGCAGCCUGAGCUGUGCAGAGGACCUCUCUGCGGGUCGAUCGAGGGCGUUCUUCUUUCUGUUAUUCAGUUGGGAACGUUUAUCGGGUACUACGAAACGUCACCGGAUGAAUACGCCUUUGACUCUGCACACACCUAUCUCACAGGCCUUGGGCUUGGCCUGUUGGCGUCGACGGCUGUCUCUCUCUCCCCGACGCUGGCGGACCUUCCCUUGGCCGGGGCAGAGGUCGUCCGAGUGGCUUUCCGUCUUGGAGUGCUGGUUGCCGAUGUCUCUCAGAAUCUUCAACCCGCUGAUGCGACAGGCGAUCGUGGCUCAUGGGCCUACGUGAUUCCCAAUGUCACACCUAGUGAAGCAGAAGAGGAGCUUACUGCUAUCCACACGCGAGAAAAUACUCCCGAAGCUAGCCGGAUCUUUAUCAGCGCAAUCAGUCGGACGUCAGUGACCAUCAGUGGGCCACCGGCUCGACUUAGGCGCCUCUUUCGAAUGUCUGAUUUCUUCCGUGACCGCACCUUCGUUGCGCUUCCCGUGUACGGAGGGCUGUGUCACGCAAAACACAUCUACAGUUCGCAGCAUGCCCGGUCAGUGGUUCAGGGCCCGUCAAUAGCGGCCUUGGACACGCGCUUUAUCGCCAGAUACCCGAUCCUCUCGACUGGCAGCGGCGAGCCCUUCCCUACAGCCACGACGGCGACGGAGCUGUUCGAACAUGUUAUUACCGAAAUCCUCACCCAAGCUAUUGAGUGGGAAAAUGUCGUUCAAGGAGUAGUAGAACGGGCCAAGCUGCUCUCCGUGUCUGAGGUCCAGGUCCAGGUCUUCCGCAUCUCACUUCCUGUUCAUGACCUCCUGUCAGCCUUGCAGACCUCCCUAAGGGAAGGAGUUGAGGUGACCAUCAAGGACCUCGAUCCAUGGAUCACAAAGACGAGAGACGAUGAGCGACCCACCCCGCGCGGUACGGCGCAAUCCAAGAUUGCCAUCGUCGGCAUGUCCUGUCGCAUGCCCAGCGGAGCGACCGAUACGGAGAAGUUCUGGGACAUUCUGGAACAGGGGCUGGAUGUCCAUCGCAAGAUCCCUCCGGACCGAUUCGACGUGGAUAGCCAUUUUGACCCCGCGGGGAAACGCGUCAAUGCUAGCCACACACCGUAUGGCUGCUUCAUUGACGAACCAGGCCUGUUCGAUGCCCCCUUCUUCAACAUGUCCCCCCGAGAAGCUCAACAGACCGAUCCAAUGCAGCGUCUCGCCAUUGUGACGGCCUACGAAGCCCUGGAGCGGGCAGGAUACGUGGCGAACCGCACCCCAUCGUCCAACAAACACCGCAUUGGCACGUUCUACGGCCAAGCCAGUGACGAUUACCGCGAAGUCAACUCGGCACAGGAGAUUAGCACCUACUUCAUCCCCGGCGGCUGUCGUGCAUUUGGACCGGGACGGAUCAAUUACUUUUUCAAACUCUGGGGGCCGAGCUUUAGUAUCGAUACGGCCUGCUCCUCCAGCUUGGCCACCAUCCAGGCAGCCUGUACCGCUCUCUGGAACGGCGACACCGACACAGUGGUUGCCGGAGGAAUGAAUGUUCUGACAAAUUCGGAUGCCUUCGCCGGCCUCAGCCACGGGCAUUUCCUGACCAAGACUCCCAAUGCAUGCAAAACGUGGGACUGUGAGGCGGAUGGCUAUUGCCGUGCGGAUGGAGUGGCCUCUAUCGUAAUGAAGCGUCUGGAAGACGCGGAAGCAGACAAUGACAACAUCUUGGGAGUUAUUCUUGGGGCUGCGACAAACCACUCUGCUGAAGCCAUCUCCAUCACCCAUCCACAUGCCGGUGCCCAGUCCUUUCUAAGCCGACAGGUCCUCCGCAGCGCUGGCAUCGAUCCAAUGGACGUCAGCUACGUUGAGAUGCACGGAACUGGGACCCAGGCCGGGGACGCGGAAGAAAUGAAGUCAGUCAGUGAUGUUUUUGCCCCGGCUGUUAAGCGGCGCAGUUCCAAGCAGCCAGUGUUCAUUGGUGCAGUCAAGGCGAACGUCGGCCACGGGGAAGCUGUAGCAGGUGUCACCGCGCUGGUGAAGGUACUUCUCAUGUUCCAGAAAGAGACCAUCCCCCCGCACGUCGGCAUCAAGAAUAGCAUCAAUCCUGGAUUCCCGAAAGACCUGGAUCAGCGAAAUUUGCAUAUUCCCUAUGAAAAGCAGCCCUGGCCCCGCGGUCCCGGCAGGAAGCGCAUCGCGAUGGUCAACAAUUUCAGUGCCGCCGGGGGCAAUUCGACCUUGGCUGUGGAAGAAGGGCCCCUUCGACCAAAGCCGGCUGGCGAGAUCGACCCCCGUCCUUGUCACCUAGUCGCCGUCUCGGCAAAGAGCAAGGUCUCCCUCAAAGGGAACCUCGAACGGCUUCUGGGCUUUUUGGACGCACAUCCGGACGUGGUCUUGUCUGACCUGGCGUACACGACCACGGCACGGCGCCAUCACCAUAAUCAUCGAGUCGCCGUGGCCACUUCGGAUGUCGUGCAUCUGAAGGCUCAGCUGCGGGCAAGCCUCGAAUCCGACUCUGUCAACACCCUUCAACCGAUUUCUGCUACGGGCCCGCCCCCUAUUGCCUUUGCCUUUACCGGCCAGGGAUCCUCAUACAAAUCAUGGGACCUCCAGCUUUUCCACGACUCGCCGUACUUUCGCGCGCAGAUCCUCAAUUUAGACACGCUGGCGCAGGGGCAAGGGUUCCCUUCUUUUGUCCCUGCCCUUGACGGCUCCUAUCCCCAGGACCAUGCCCAUUCCCCCAUCAUCACACAGCUAGCACUGGUCUGCACCGAGAUUGCUCUAGCAAAGUACUGGGCCUCGCUAGGGGUGAAGCCGGAUGUGGUGGUGGGCCAUAGUCUGGGUGAGUAUGCGGCCUUGCACAUCGCCGGAGUUCUGUCUGCCAGCGAUGCCAUCUUUCUUGUCGGACAGCGUGCGUCCCUGCUGAAGGAUAGGUGCCAGCCCAGUAGCCAUCAGAUGAUGGCGGUUCGGGCGUCCCUCGCGCAGAUUGAGCAGUUCGCGGGGAGCCUGCCAUAUGAGGUUGCCUGUGUCAACGGACCCAGGGAAAUGGUCCUCAGCGGCACCCGCGAGGAGAUGGCGGCGGUGGCGAAGCCCCUGCAAGCUGAGGGAUUCAAAUGCGUUGUUCUGGAGGUAGCCUUUGCCUUUCACUCGGCGCAGAUGGAUCCCAUCCUCGACGAAUUUGAGGCGCUGGCGGCAUCGGGCGUGGUCUUCCAGGCACCUAACUUGCCGGUGAUCUCGCCGUUGCUGAGUAAGGUGGUCUUUGAUGAGCAUACGAUAGAUUCGGUGUACAUGCGGCGGGCGACGCGCGAGACCGUCAACUUCCUCUCUGCAAUGGAGAUGGCGCACAAGAUUUCCACCAUUGACGACGCUACCGUGUGCGUUGAGAUCGGUCCACACCCUGUCUGUGUAAACUUCGUCAGAUCCUCCCUCCCCACGACCAGCGUGACAGUGCCGUCGUUCCGCCGCGGGGAGGAUAACUGGGUAACGCUCACAAACAGUUUAGGGGUUCUCCACUGCGCUGGAGUGCCUGUGGACUGGAAUGAGUUCCACCAGCCGUUCGAACGUGCCCUACGGCUAUUAGAUCUCCCGACCUAUAGCUGGAAUGAAAAGACAUACUGGAUCCAAUACAAUGGGAAUUGGGCCCUCACCAAGGGAAACACGUUCUACGAUGACGAGGCCGCACAGAGCAAUGCACUUGCGGGGCUGGCAUCGGAGCUGAGGACAUCCACCGUCCAGCAGAUCAUCCACGAGCAGUUCGACGGUACAGCUGGGUCGGUCGUCAUGCAGUCAGAUCUCAUGCAGCCGGAUUUCCUAGCGGCAGCGUAUGGCCACAAAAUGAAUGGACGGGGAGUUGUUACCUCGUCGAUCCACGCCGAUAUCGCGUUCACGCUGGGUGAAUAUCUCUAUAAAAAGCUAUAUCCCAAUCAGGAACCACACAUGAAUAUAGCCAACCUGGAAGUCCUCAAGGCUCUUGUGGCGCAGGAGAACACCAAGACACCACAGCUCAUCCAAGUGUCUGCGAGCACCGAGAAUAUCCGGUCCGGACAGGCACAUCUGAAAUGGCACAACGUGGUCAACGGAUCCAUUGAGGAGCCCUUUGCCAGUGCGACUAUCUACUACGAGGAAGCAAGCGAGUGGCUGGCAUCCUGGCGUCCUGCGACACAUCUCGUGCAGGGCCGGAUCCAUGCGCUUGAGCGGCUCGCCGAAGACGGCGUGGCUAACCGCUUCACCCGGCGCAUGGCCUACGGACUGUUCGCCGGCAGCCUGGUCGACUAUGCCGACAAGUACCGCGGCAUGCAGUCAGUGGUGCUGCACGAGCUCGAGGCAUUUGCAGAUGUCGUCCUCACCAUAGAGAAAGGCGGCACCUGGACCGUUCCCCCGUACUUCAUUGACAGUGUGGCCCAUCUGGCCGGCUUCAUAAUGAAUGUCUCCGAUGCGAACGAUACGGAUGCCAAUUUCUGCGUCACUCCCGGAUGGAGCUCGAUGCGGUUUGCGGUGCCCCUCCUUCCGGGGGACAAAUACCGCUCUUAUGUCAAGAUGAUCCCGACGGUCGAAGACAACAAUAUCUAUCUGGGUGACGUCUACAUGCUCCGGGACGAGACUAUCGUCGGCAUGGUCGGGGGAAUCAAGUUCCGGAGGUACCCUCGUAUCCUACUCAAUCGAUUUUUCUCAGCUCCGGAUGCGGAUGCCCGAAAGUCUACGCCUGCUACAUCUGCGCCGGCUCCUGCUCCUCCUGUUCCUCCUGCUAGAUUGGAGGCCGUGCAGCCCAAAGCGGCACCGGCCAGCACUCCGGCUGCUCCAGCACCAGCCGAUGCGCCGACCACUAACGGAGUCGAGGCAGCCGCUGAGCCCGACGCCAACAGUACCGCCGCCAAAGCGAUUGCUCUGGUGGCUACGGAGGCCGGACUCGGGCUGAGUGACCUCAAGGAUAGUGCCAGUUUCUCUAGUCUAGGGAUCGACAGUCUGAUGAGCCUGGUGAUUUCCGAAAAGUUCCGGGAGGCGCUGGGGGUGACAGUGACGGGCAGCCUGUUCUUGGAGUAUCCGACUGUAGGGGAUUUGAAGAGCUGGCUACUGGAGUAUUACAGCUGA